AUGAAACGUAUUGGCAACUAUAAAUUGGGUAAAACUAUAUAUUCUGGAACUUUUGGAAAAGUGAAAUUAUCAGUUCAUAUCCCUACUUAACAAACUGUGACCAUUAAGAUUAUGAAUAUAUAACGAUUAGUUGAUAUUAUUGAUAUAGAAAUAGUAAAACGUGAAUUACAUAUAUUUAAAAUUGUUAGACAUCCAAAUAUUAUUAUGUUAUAUGAGGUUUUUGAGACAACUAAAUAUAUUUUUACCAUAAAUAAAUGCAUGUGCUUUAUUUUAAUAACUAUUAUCAGGAAUAGAAUAUAUACAAAAAUUAAAAAUAGUUCAUAGAGAUAUAAAACUAGAGAAUCUCUUAAUAAAAUGAAGAAUUAAAAUUGUUGAUUUUGGUCUCUCUAAUACCUAUGAUGAGCUUGUGGAUCACCUUGUUAUGCAGCACCUGAAAUGAUAUCAAGAAAACUUUACAGUGGUUUAUAAGCAGAUAUAUGGAGUAGUGGAGUAUUAUUUUUUAUGUUGUGUGGAUAUUUACCUUUUGAAGAUGCAAAUACAAAUUAAUUAUACAAAAAAAUUCUAUCAGCCAAUUAUAAGGUUCCUAAUUUUUUAAGUAAUGAUGCAAAAGGUGUGUUAAAAUAAAUUUUAAAUCCAGAUCCUGAAGAUAGACAAAACAUUGAUUAAAUUAGAAAACAUCCAUGGUCUAAUUUAUAUAAAACUAGUUUUUAAAUUAAGCAAGGAAUUUUAAUUGGAUAACAUAAAAUACUAAUAGAUAACAAUGUUGUUAAUUAAGUAGAAAUAUUGGGAUUUAAAAAAAAUAUAUAUAUUAAUGUUUAAUUUCAAAUUAACAUAAUGAUGCCACUACUGCUUAUUAUUUAUUUUUGGAUUUAAUUAUAUAAUCUGGAGGAUAAACAUGUUCUGAUAUAGCAUCAGAUUAAUUUUAGGUUCAAUUGAUUGAAUUAAAUUCUUAGACAGCAAACAGUGAAAUUAAAAUAAUUAUGACUAUAGAAGAUGAAAAAUAAGAUAAUAACACUAGUAUAAAUUAUUAAUAAAUUCAAUAAAACCUGAGAUUACUCCUAAAAAUCUAUCAAGUAGAAGAUCAAAAAAAACUGAAAGAUAUCCAAUUUUUGAUAGAUUGAUGAAUAAUAAAAUAGAAAAAAUACCAUCAAAUAUAAGAUCAGAAUCAGAACAAUAAAAAACUAUGGAGAGCACUAAAAGUCAAUAUUAAUCAAAUAAAGGGAGUAAAAAUCCAUAUCUUUGAGCGAUUAUUAUUCUGAAAAAUUAAGUAAAGAAUUAACUUUAACAACAAUAUAUAAAUAAUUAAAGAGAAAGAAACCUAAAAUAAGAACUAAUUUAUUAACAAAUCAAUAAGUUUAUGGAGUUAUAAAAUGA